AUGGCGUCUUUGCCGUUAAUUUAUCUCCAAUUUGCCUUCUAUUUAGUUCUUACCCUUGGCUCGAUCGCAGCUGGCAAGAAUUGUGAGACUCUAGACGGCAAAUGGUAUAAUCAGCUGGGAUCUGAGGUUUACAUAGAGCAUGAUGAAAAUGGAAAACUCUGGGGCGAAUAUAGGACUGCUCAGGAGAGAUUCAAUGGAUCUGCGGGCCCUAGUCACUCUGUCCUUUUUGGUAAGUACCUUUAUAUUUCCUCAUUCAAGCCACUGCAACCCUGAGUCCUCAAUUGACCGAGGUUUUGUCAUGCAGUUUAAUAAUCUUUAUGUAGUUAACCGAAUGUUCUGAAACUUAAGCUUAAAUCUGAAUUCUUUAAGAAUGUUGAGUACUUUAAAAGGCAGGGAAAAAUUCAGGGCAUGUGCUAGGGACCAUGGAAUCACGCGCUGUUUUCGUGAAGGUCACAGGUUCAAUACAUUGCAUCCACCAGUAAUCUACGUUGCAAAUCCUGGACUGUGAACUGAGACAAAGUGCUGUUUUUUUUUUUUUUAAACUAGAACCACUACGUGGAACUUACCGGGGCCCAGUGGGACACGGGAUUGCAUAGUUUACCUCUCGCACCCCUCCCCCCUCCUCUGUGGAGGCUAAUACUUAGUCUGAAUUAACUCAUGCAGAAGAAAAGCAACAAAAUGCAUGAGAAAGGAGGAUGCAGUUGUAAGUUUGUUCAGUGUUAUGACAGCUAACGGUCUGUGUUAUAGUAGUGUUUUUACACUGUGAUGUCAAUAAGUGUGAUCUGUAUAAGGUUUUUAUUUGAGUUUGAGUGAAAGAGCAAAAAUCACUGACAGUUUUGAGUUGAAUGGUAAUGACAAAGUUUGCAAAGAAGUUUGUUACAGAAUUAUCACAAUUUUGCCUUCACGGUCUGCAUUACACUUCUCAUAGAACAAACAUGCAUGUUCAUGGAGAGCCUGUAGUGUUGAAGAAUCCCAGUAAGUGCAUGAUUUGAUGACAGAGAAGCAAACUGCGUAUAUGGACAUAAUAAAAUGCUUAUUUAUUGAUGACUGAGUAUCAUUUGUUAAUUCAUUGCACAUUGAAAUGGAGGCAUUUGAUUGUUAGGCAGUGGUUGAUACAUAGUGGCAUUCAUCAAUAUGACCUAUAGUAAUCGUAGAGGAAGUAUUUCUUUCCUUAACUGGGUAAACAGUAGUAAGUGGUGCAAAGCCUUGAUUAGAUUCUACUAUUUGUAUAGUAACAUUUAAUGCAUCUGCAACUGCUUGAAUGAUGAUAAGUGCAUCAGCCUAAGUAGCCAUGAAUUUUCGGUAUUGCUCUCAAUAAAUCUCUCUGGGUUGUCUCUCAUAAAUUGAACCCCAGCAGUACGUAUAUGCAUAUGAUGGUUGCUAUUGCCUGAUGUGAUACAGAUCUAAAGAAACAAUCACCUGCACUGUCAACAUCUAUUGAUUGUAAGCCAAGUUCACCUAAUCUUGACUGCAUCAAAUUCUCAGAGAAAAUAGGAGACAUCAACUGUAUUGUUGAGCUGUGAUUUUGCAUAGAAGGUCUAAUUAUAACUUCAUGAUGAUCAGUGUUGUAUUGCGUAGGUCCUGGCAUCCUUCUCAAAAUCUUUACUUAGUUUGAAAGUCACGUAAUUGGUCAUAUGACUCACACAAUUGCAAGAAAACAAUGAUAAAAAUCGACGUGCUUUACAUUUUUUCAUUAUCCUGUGAUAAUGUCCGCUAAAGAAAGACAACAAAUAAGCUUUCUUAGGUAUAGCCAUUUUAUUUAAGUUAAUUAUCUUUGGAUCGCAUUUGUUAUUACAUUUAUAUCGUGCAUGAUAAAGUUUUCUCACCUUAUUAACAUAGUGAUGGAGCUUUGAAGACUUCGGUAUGUCAAUCGUUGAAAUCUUUUUGAAGACAAAUUUCCUCAACAUGCUAUUCUUCUCGUUGAGACCUCUUAGAAAUAGCAGUGCAAUUCUGCUCUGUUCACUAGCACGUCUAGAUCGCCUUGUAGCACGUUUUUUAAGAUGAUGUAAAGUUAGCUUUGAUAAGUGUUCGCUUUGAUUCUCAAUAAAUUUCACGAUGGAAGGUUCACUCUUAAGUGAUAGCUCGUAAAUUUGUCUCUCCAAAUAUUGACUCUUAAAUUUUCGCCCAUAAACUAGUGCAUCGUAAAGGUUGGGGAACGUGUCCUUCCCCUUCCAGGGUCCCAGCGUCACAUCCCCACCCAGAAAUUCCUAAAGUACCCCCCCGCCCCGGGCUGUCCUCCAUGCCUCGUGCUUUUCAAAAUGGCGGAUAAGAUUUCAAUGAGCCAGCGAUAUAUCUCAGUCAGCGAUAUAUCCCUAACAAUGUAACGUUGAAAAAACGAACCGUCUGCAUUUUAAGACCGGUGCCAGCCUUCGGCUGGGCCCCGGUAAUAACACCCUUUGCAUUUUGUGACCAAAAAAAGUUUAAAGAUUUCUCGCUCGAAUGUUGCUUUCAUCAGCACGCACUUUACAGUGUAAAUAGAUAAAAAGAUCGAUAACAUAUACCGAUAUGAGUUUAAAAUUCGCUCGAGUUCGCUGCUUGUCUCACGGCACCCAUGACUAACUUUUCUUCAUGGCAGAUAACUACAGUGGAACCCCGCUCUACGGACACCCGCUUUAUACGGACAGUUUCGUUUGUCCCGACAAAAAGCUCAUAUAUUUUCUCUAAAAUUAACCCGCUUUAUACGGACACCGGUUAUUACGGACAACGGACACUUCUCUGUGUCCCAAGUAACAAACUCUCAUAUACUCUCAACCCCGCAGUUACCGACACUGGUUAUCUGCACACUGUCUAUUUUCAUUGUCACAAUUAUGUGAUAAUUGUAGACAUUGUACCGUGUUCAAAUAAUGACAGAUUUUUACGGGUGAAUAAAAUUUUAUUACAGUACUUAAAAAAAAACAGUAACAAAGUAGCGUGACAUAAUUAUUUGAUUUUGAACAGUCUGUCUUCCUUGCGGUGUUUGUCUCUUGUACUAUGUAUAGUCCUUUAAUAACGCUUUCUGCCUCCUGUUACUCACGUUUCACUUCCUUGACUUUUUGUUGCAGUCAUUGCUCUUAACCUUCUUCCUCUUUGACGUUAUUUGCUUGCUGUGAGCUGUACCAGGAUCAUCCUCCGUUCGUAUUGCUGGGUUGUUGCUAACGUCUAGUAAUUGUUCAAGUAAAUCCACGUGUUUCCGAGGACCAUCAAAAAUGUAAACACAUGGUAUUUCCAUACCAAGACCUCCACCCCGAUUGACUGCCUUUCCACAUACUUCUACGGAUCCUCGGUUCGUAAAACUUAGCGAAAACUGUCUUCUUUGGUCUUUAUAUCGAUAAAACAUGUGUUCCUGACGUUUUCUCUGAGAGCCCGCUUAAUACGGACACCCGGAUAGUACGGACACUAUGGCAUGUCCCCUUGGUGUCCGCAUUAACCGGGUUCCACUGUAUGCCGCUUUAUAACUCCUCCGAAGUUUUUGUGCCAGCUAAACAAUAAGGAAACACUAUUCCCAGUCCUUGGAUAUUAAAAAGACUGAACGUAACGCACAAUGUGCCCUUGUUUACCUUUGAUCACGUCUGCAAGCGAACUCUCUCUUUUCAAGCGAUUCAUCUCAAUGCACAAUAAUUGACCCUUAUAUUAAUUAAAACCCUAUUGUUCAUUCAUAUUAAUACUGUUUUUGCCCCUCACAUUUUCUGUGUUCGUUCGUAUUCAAAACACGUUUAGGAAAAUAAAGGUCGUGUAAGUCAUGUGUAUUAUGUUUCGAGAUAAAUAGAUUAUACUCUUUUUUAAGUUCCCAUUUUGCGGUGACUUCAGUUUACAUCUCCAUAAAAUGGUACAAGAAACAUCACGCAAGCUGAAAAUUUACAAAGGCAUGUUUUUUGAAACUCGCUAAUGCUGACAUCAAUACAUCUGAUAUAUCGUGCUUGCUGAAAGGGCGAAAACACAGAAUUGUGAUAACAAGAUCAUGUACAAAUUUAAUGAUAAAAGCUUAGCAAGAUACAGAUAGAAACAAAAGCAAACCCCNGGGGGGUGCAUAAUAGAGAGGGUGGCUUAUUAACUUUUUUAACCCUGAAAAGGGGUGGGUUGGGCGAGGGGGCUCAUUAGAGGGAGAAGGCUUAUUUGAGAAGGGGGGCUAAACAGAGGAUUUACUGUAAUCAUUUAUUUGCUGCAUUUGAAGAGGCUUUUUUGCUUUUGCUUUCUUUCGAAAAGCCUUUUAAAGUAGAUGUAAUUGAUCAGUUGACAGUUGUGACUUAAACUGGAUGAAAUAUUUUGCUUUGACAGGAGCAACACCUUAUGACUACAAAGGGGCAUCAUUUGCUUUCUCUGUAGUCUGGAGGAAUGGUUCAUCAACAACUGUGUGGACUGGUCAAUGUCUUGUGUGCAAUGAUGGGCAUGAAAAGCUUCUUACCUCUUGGCUGUUGCGUUCCAAGGUAGAUACCUGCAUAGACAAGUGGAAGUCAACUAUGAUUGGUCGAGACACCUUCACUAGAUAUGAACAGCGUGAUGGUCCUCGCAAACCAAAUGCAUCCAUUCCAGAAACCCUGGUAAUUAUUGACAAAACAAUUAAGACCUUGGACCCUGAAGUCAAAAAUAAAUCUUGCAGCUUAAAUGGUGUUUGGUAUAAUCAUUUGGGCUCGGAGAUGAUUUUGACCCAAAAAGACGAUAAUACUAUUGAAGGAGAGUAUCGCACUGCUGUUGAGCGGGAAACUGGAGCAGCUGGAACGAGCCAUUCUAAAGUGUUCGGAAUCGGACAGCUAGGAGGCCCAAGCAGCACUUUUUCUUUCUUUGUUGUCUGGAGAAAUGGAGCGUCUGUGACUGGAUGGGUGGGUCAAUGUCACAUUUGUGGUGAAAAUAAGACUGAGAUUAUUGAAACUGGCUGGUUAUUGAACAGUAACAUAGAAAAGUGCAGUGAUGAUUGGAAAUCAACACUAUUUAAUCAGGAUAGCUUCACUCGCACUGAACAGAACCCUGGGCCAAGGAAGAGAGAUAAUACUCAUGUUCCAGACAGAAGUGGAAAUGAAGCACAGCCCAAGGCUUGUGAUGGGUGCAAACAUCACCUUACCUACACUCUCUUCAGUUUGAGUGUGAUCAUUUCUGUUUUACAUGUUUACUGGUAA